AUGAUUGUACUUCAGGAAAUCAGAAAGGGCCUCAAAAAGCAUUCAAAUGUUAAUAUUAAUGAUGAAAUGCGUGUGCGAGAGCAGGCAUGCGCAGAUGCCAUGGAGAAUGUUUGUAACGCCGAGUUGGUCGUUUGUGCCAUGCUGUCCGCCAUGUUAAUAUUACAAAACAAUGUGCUUUGUGAAAUAAUUUGUUGUGAUGAAAAAGUUAUGGAGUUGUAUUUUUUGAAAUUAUUUCUACUAUUUGUACUCUUCUUGGAAGAUAUUCAGGAAAUCAUCUGCAGAUCACUUUCAAGGAGAUAUUUUUUCCUGACCAUAGCAUUGUAA